CACCUGCCUCCGGCUCAGAGCCGGAUCCGGCUCGGCUCCCCGCCUCGCUCCUCCCCCGUCCCAGGCUGCUCCGCGCCGGCCCCUCCUCCGCCGCCGGCCCGCAGCCGGCUCCUGCGCACCCCGCCGGGGAGCCGAGCGCCGCACAGACCGGUUGUAACUUUUGCAAGACAGUUAUCAUGUGACUGUGGAUUAUGACAACCAAAAUCUUAAAGAAAACUCCUUGAAUUAAACAUCUAUAUCUUUUGAACAUCUUGGAACUUAUUGGACACUCUUUGAAGUCUGUCUGAAUUGUAACUUGUAUAACUUUUUAAAAGCUUCAUAAUGGAGUUCUUAUUAUCCAAAGGAGGCUGCAUUAGAGAUUUGAAAAGAACUUUAUUAUUUUUAGUUUUAACAUGUCUGGUAGCUCUUGUUUGCACUGAUCAGGACUAUUAUAAUCUACUUGGAAUAUCCAAAGAAGCAAGUAAUAGAGAAAUAAGACAGGCUUUCAAAAAACUGGCAUUAAAGUUACAUCCUGAUAAAAAUCAGAAUGAUCCAGAUGCUCAUGAAAACUUCUUGAAAAUAAAUAGAGCAUAUGAAGUAUUAAAAGAUGACGAGCUACGGAAGAAGUAUGAUAAAUAUGGAGAGAAGGGUCUUGAAGAUCACCAACAAGGAGGUCGAUACGAGAGCUGGAACUUUUAUCGCUAUGAUUUUGGUAUUUAUGAUGAUGAUCCUGAAAUCAUAACAUUGGAUAGAGGAGAAUUUGAUGCUGCUGUUAACUCUGGAGAACUCUGGUUCAUCAAUUUCUAUUCCCCUCGAUGUUCACACUGCCAUGAUUUAGCACCUACGUGGAGAGAAUUUGCUAAAGAAAUGGAUGGACUAAUACGCAUUGGAGCUGUAAAUUGUGGUGAUAAUAGAAUGCUUUGUCGGAUCAAAGGAAUUAAUAGUUAUCCAAGUCUCUAUGUUUUCAAAACUGGAAUGAAUCCAGUGAAAUAUUACGGAGAGAGAUCAAAAGAAAGUUUAAUGAGUUUUGCCAUGCAGUAUGUCACAAGCACAGUGACAGAGUUAUGGGCAGGAAAUUUUGUUAAUGCUAUUCAAACUUCAUUUGCCUCUGGUGUUGGCUGGCUGAUCACUUUCUGUGCUGAGGGUGGAGAUUGUUUGACUUCCCAGACGCGCCUUAAACUAGCUGGCAUGUUGGAAGGCCUUGUUAAUGUAGGCUGGAUGGACUGUGCCACCCAGGGUGAGCUUUGUGAUAAUUUGGAUAUCUCAUCUAGUACUACAGCAUACUUUCCACCUGGAGCCACCUUAACUAAUAAAGAGAAAGGAGGUGUUUUGUUUCUUAACUCCUUGGAUGCCAAAGAGAUAUAUUUGGAAGUAAUGCAACAUCUUCCAGAUUUUGAAAUGCUCUCUGCAGCCUCAUUAGAGGAGCACGUGGCUCAUCACCGGUGGCUGCUUUUCUUUCAAUUUGGUGAGAGUGACAAGUCAAAUGUGCAUGAGUUUAAAAAACUGAAUUUUCUGCUUAAAGAUGAACAUAUUCAGGUUGGAAAGAUUGACUGCCUUUCUGCACCAAGUGUCUGCAGUAAUCUUUAUGUCCAUCAGCCAUGUCUAGCAGUCUUUAAAGGAAAGGGAACUGAAGAUUAUGAAAUUCAUCAUGGAAAGAUGAUCCUAUAUGACAUAGUUGCAUUCGCCAAGGAGAGUGUAAACUCUCAUGUUAUCACACUUGGGCCUCAGAAUUUUCCUGGCACGGAGAAGGAACCAUGGCUUGUUGACUUCUUUGCACCUUGGUGUCCUCCAUGUCGAGCUUUGUUGCCAGAGUUGAGAAAAGCAUCAAAGCACCUUAUUGGUCAGCUUAAAUUUGGCACACUAGACUGCACAAUCCAUGAAGGGCUUUGCAACAUGCAUAACAUUAGAGCUUACCCAACAACAGUGGUGUUCAACCAGUCCAGUGUUCAUGAAUAUGAAGGGCAUCAUUCUGCUGAACAGAUCUUGGAGUUUAUACAGGAUCUCAUGAACCCUUCGGUGGUCUCCUUAACACCAGACACUUUCAGUGCACUAGUUAAACAAAGAAAGCGGAAUGAAGUCUGGAUGGUUGAUUUCUAUGCUCCAUGGUGUGGGCCUUGCCAGGCUUUAAUGCCGGAAUGGAAGAGGAUGGCCAGGUUGUUAAAUGGAUUAAUCACUGUUGGCAGUAUGGAUUGUCAAAAAUAUUUUUCUUUCUGUCACCAAGAAAAUGUACAAGGAUAUCCUGAAAUAAGACUCUUUCCUCAAAAAUCAAAUACAGGUCAUCAUUACUAUAGUUACAAUGGUUGGCACAGGGAUUCGCAUUCGUUAAGAAGCUGGGCACUUGGAUAUUUACCUCAAGUAUCUGUAGAUCUGACACCUCAGAGCUUCACAGAAAAAGUUUUGCAUGGGAAAGAUCAUUGGGUCAUUGAUUUUUAUGCUCCUUGGUGUGGCCCUUGCCAAAAUUUUGCUCCAGAAUUUGAGGUGCUAGCUAGGACUGUAAAAGGAAAAGUAAAAGCUGGAAAAGUUGACUGUCAAGCUUAUGCUCAUACUUGUCAGACAGCUGGCAUCAGAGCCUACCCUACUGUUAAAUUUUAUCCCUACCAAGGAGCAAAGAAAAAUGUUCUUGGAGAGCAUAUAGACAGCAGAGAUGCAAAAGGCAUAGCUGAUCUUCUGACUGAAAGAUUAGCCGUCAUUAAAAAUAAAGGAAAGAGAAAAAAAUCUUCUAGAAACAAGGAUGAACUCUGAUAUUGAAGACGAUAAAUUUCAGAGUAUACCGAAGCUGUGACAAAUAGAAGGCACCAUGAUGAAAAUAUAAGUUAGACUAAUUUCAUGAUAGGAAAAACAGAAAUGAACCUUAGCUUGAAUGCAGGGACAUCUAGGCUUGUCCACAUGAAUUCUAGGGAGUUGCUCUAUUUGUUGUGGAGGGAUUCCAAGAAUUUGGGAAUAGGCUGUGCCUGCCCCACUUGCUGAUUAGGAGACACAAACUUCAAGGGCUUAGACAAUAGUGGGGGCUAUCUGGUUUUCAUCUACCCGCUGGUAUUCCAUCUCUUGUGUGGAGAGUGUAGGAAAUGCGCAUUCAACCUGUGGACAAGUGUGCAAUCAAUCCAGCCAAAUUUGUAUUUUCACACAGCAGAGUGCACUAUCCCUUCCUGAACACUGAGGAAUCGUCUGACAUCAAUGUGAAGGAAAAAUAAUCUUAUCUCAUGUCGGAAGUUUAGUUUUGGGUUUUUAAUUUUGUAGUAAUUCACCAAGCAACCAGUAGAUUCUAUAAACCUAUCCAACAACAGAUCACCUUCCUUGUAGAAUAUUGCUGUAUCUUACCAACUGAGGUGACGAAAGUUUUGAAGAGCUGUUUUUUUGUUGCUUUUUUUAAUUCAUCUCACCACAUUAGGAUGUCAAAACUCAAUGUUUAACUCAAAUACAAAAUGUGUUAUACCACUGAAGUAUCCUGUACAGAAUUCUCAGCUUGUUUCAUAGUAAAGUUUUCCAGUUUAUCUUUAACUCCGAUGAAUACGUGGGGCACAUCUUUUAACUUGUUUUGGAAUAACCACUGUCAAACCCUACGCUCCCAGCCACCCGUGAAAAUCUUCAUCAUGAAAUAUGGACCUGGUCCACAGUGCAUAUUUUCCCUUUUUGUACAAGUGCCUUCUGAAUUUUGACUAUUUCAUAAUGGACAUUUAACGUUGUUCAUGUAGACACUGAGGUCAUUCUUUGAGGUUAUGUUUUUAAAAAAUUGGUGAAGGAGACAAAGGAUUCUAUAUGCACCAUUUGCACUUAGCAACGUUUAAAUCGUUUUACAUUUUCGUUUUACUGGAGUCCACAAAAACUGUCUACUGUGAGUCAGACUUCUUUGAAAGAUCACUGUAUCUUUGAAAUGAUUUACUCUUUAAUAAAAUAUAAAUUAGCCAUU